AUGUCCAAACUGAAAUCAGACAUUGACAAAAUGCAACAAAAAAUAAAGACUAUUUCAAUGCUGAAGAAAUGGAUAAACAACCAACAAGUGGAUUAGAAUGAGUACAAGAACUUGUAAUCCUCCCUUUCCCAAAUUCAAUAAAUCCAUUAUACUAAUUUCCUCAGGAUCACUAACAUUUCAAUAUCCAGUAUUUAUACCUUAAUACAAUUAGAUUAAGCCAAAUUCAACAAUUAGUUUCAAAAUGUCGAAUACGUCUAAUAAUGA